AACAAAGUCAAAGAAGCGAAGUGUUUUGGUCAAGCCAUGAUCAGCUGGCGAAAUUGACCACAACGCACACAGUAUUUACGGCGCGCACUCUUGAGUAGUCGAUCACAACCACUUCGCGACCAUUGCGCCCACAUCCACAAUCCUUAUUCAUCGCCCUAGAUCGAAUGCGCUCGAGUUCACUGGACGCCGACAAAGGACAAUCGCUUGCCGCGCUCAAUGGCAGUACCUACCAAACCCACCGGCGAUACGACGCCCGGUCGUCGCGGUAAAAAGGGCACGAACAAUCAAUACUUUGAAGUCGGAAAGGUCGGAAGGAAAACGGGCAUCACACUGAAAGACACGGGUGUAAGGGAUGAACAUGGCUUGGAGCCGGUAUCUGGAAUAUUUUCAUCAUCACCGGCGAUCUCGGUGCAGCACAAUCUGGAUCAUGCGCUCGAAGACGAGGAUGAUGAGAUGGACGUAGAAGAAAGCUCGGCUCCGGACGUGACUGCAACACUCGGUCUGCGCAAGACUCCACGUCUGCCUCCAGCGCGACAAUCAACACCUAGACACACCAACAUCGGUUCUCCCAAGCGCAUGUCCUCUGUGCGGCCAGGAGCGAAGGCGGAUUCGAUGCCUGCACAUGAAAUAAGCAGCCCUACGACUGCGCACAAGCGGAGUCAAGCUAACCGAGUAUUGGAUUUCGCCGGCGCAAACAACCGAACGAGGAAGAGUCUAUACAUGGAGGAGACACAAAGCCCUUUCAAGCCGAGGAAAGCAUUGCGUAGAUCACAAGGCCCACCGCGACCAGACCCGUUCUCCCUCCAGGACAGUCCUGAUCCACGGAGAGAUGUGUCCGCGCAGCAGAACGAUGGCGAAGACGACUUUGCACCGAUCGAUGAAGAGGUUGAGCCAUCCAUUGAGAAUCUAGAACAGGACUUUAAUGCGCCUAUGGUGGACGACGAAGACGAUUACGAUGUGGGACAAUCUCUGCCUAAUGAAGCUGACCCCCACGACGCGACGGGAAACAUGGAUGCGACUCUAAUGGCUGCAACCGCAGAAUCAGCAUUGGCCAGGAUGCGAGGACAGAAGCGAGAUCGGGCCAGUCUGCAAGGUGUAGAUGAUGCAGACCGAGCCGACUCAUCUAUGCUCGUUACCGACUCCCAACCCCCUCCGCAGAAGCGAAAGCGCGGCCGCCCUCGAAAAUCAGAUACGAUCGUGGAUGUGGCCGCUGAGGUGGGUGCCAUUGGCGAAUCACAAGUUGCAUCAGGAGACCAGUCUGCAAUGGAUAAUGGCGAGGGCCCAAGCACGCUGAAUGUGGACGAGGAAGUCAUUGCAGAGGAGCCGAUCGUGAAAAGGAAACGAGGGCGACCACCAAAAGGUUCCAAGCCAAAAACUCCCGAGAACCCCAAAUCGCCCACGAAAGCGCCAAAAUCAAUACAGUCGCCCUCGAAAUCAGGUGCCCGCGGUGCGAGUGUCGGGCCAGUCAGUAACGUCCAUUUGCGCGCGACCACACCGUUCGAGGAUGCACAAAACAACGCCUCUCGCUUUGGACGUAAUCUUAUCAAACCGCUCAAGUAUUGGGCGAACGAAUCGCGAAUCUACCGCAAUGGUGACAUCGAAGGCAUUGUACGCGCGGAACCGGUCGAGAUCGUCUCCAAAGCGCGAGCCCGCAAGUCUCGGAAGAAAGGACGGAAACCAGCGCAAAAACUCGAGGAUAUCGAGGAGGUCAGCGAUACCGAAUCGAUUCUGCCUGACGAGUGGGAGGACGAGCGGGGUGUGCUUGCGUUUGACCUGGCAAACUACGAUCCCGCGACAGGCACCGGAGAUAUCGACGAUGCGAUCCGACAAGAUAUCGCAUUUGCUGAAUCAGCCAUCAUACCGCGUGAUGUACCGGGUUCGGAUUUCCGUUACGCCAAAAUCCUGACUCUGCCUUUCUUCGGCGCAGGUCUAGUCGAGGUUCCGCCGGGCGGCUUCAAGCGUGCAAAGAACAGUCGGCGGAUGCAAUUGACCUUCUUCGUGCAUGAGGGCAAAGUGGCAGUCGACAUGUCUGCAGGCGAGGGCUGCGAAGUCAACUCGUUCGCGAUCACCAAAGGCGGUGUGUGGGUUGUCCCAAGAGGGAAUAAUUACUCGAUCGAGAAUCAUAGCACGACGAAAACGGCCAAAUUGUUCUUCGCGCAGGGUAGCGAGGGCGCGGCGCCGGCGGAGUAGAGGAUCCAAGUCACGUCGACAUGAAAUGCAUUGAAGUGGAUUCAUCAGAGGAGAGUGCCUCUUGGAUGUGAUGGACACCAAUGAUUAAUAGCAUUGUUGCAGGGUCGUUCUUAUCGGAUCAUGAUGCCUGCCUCAUCUCGACCUACUUUGUUGACCCCAUUGCCAAAUGGCCAGACGCAAGGGCCAGACGUCGCUGGCGUUUACGAUGAUCACGAUAUUGAUAGUUUCUUCACUAAUUUACGAUGGGGCGGUGUUAUUGUCGUUGUGUCGUUUGCACAUAGAUAUCCCUGCGGCCGUGCAAUGACAAAAGUUGUUUUCGUGAAUUGAUCCGUAUUUGGGC